AGGGAGGCUGCCUGCUUCUUUGGCAGCAAAAACUUAGCCAUGCCAAUUUCACAUAUAUUUCUUUUGUGGUCAAGGUAAACAUACAAUCUCUAAAAACUAGAUAAGAAAUGGUAGACACUAAUCAGUUUGCUGUAGAUACCAUGAGAUAGCUAUUCGUUCAGCAUCCCUUCAUUCACUUAUUCAUGAACAACAACACAAUGAAAAAUAUUGUGAUGUUUGUAAAAAAACCCAAAGAAAGUUUUAGCUUACAGACUCUCAAUUUAUAUUGGCUGAUUCAUAUUUUGCAGUACUUAGUUUUUUGAAGGUAAAUUCUGUAAUUGUUUUUUCUUCACAUGAGAGUGAAGAGAAGGAUAGUGAGUUUUCUGGUUACUUGGGUCUCAACGUCGAAUACUGAAUUUCAAUUCUAUUGGGAAAAAUUCAAUUCUAUAGCUACACCCAUUUUCCACUUAGUUCUACGGUAUUUUUAUGUGAAAACUACAACCACAGCCAUUUUCCAGAUUUUGGAUACUGUGAAAUCCAUGCUCAAAAAAACACAGGCGCGCAUCCAUUUUCUACGACAAAAUAUCUCCCAACCCCAUAGUUUCUGAAAUUAGGUUUGGGUCUUUUUUUCUUCUUCUUUUCCGAUUCGUAUGUCCAUACUGCUUUCGUCUCAGUUCUUCGUUGGAGCUUAAAUUCACAGGUAAAUCUCAACAUCUUCAUAUUUUGAUUAACCUAGGGUUUCCGUAUAUAAACACUCUUAUAAGAUUUUUCGUCUCUCCCAAACUUCAUCCCUGAUACACCCGCAAAAAACCAUAGAGAGUUAUCAUGGAGGUCUUAAGUCCUAUUAAGAGUGUUGAUGGCAACAGGUAUGAAGUCCCAUUACUCACUAAUAACAAAAAUACAAAUAGUCAUGGAAUAGAAAAAAACAACAGCAGCAGUAGUAGUGAUUUUGUUGAAGGUGUGGUGGAUUACAAAGGAGAUAAAGUGUUUGAUAGAUCAAAAUUUGGAGGAUGGAAAUCAGCUUCUCUCUUGACUCUAAUUUCUAUUGACGACGUAUUUGUUUAUUACGGAAUGAUUAUAAACCUCAUCAGCUGUCUUACUGGUCCUCUCCAGCAGUCAACUCUUACUGCAGCACAAAGUAUCAACAUUUUGGCUGGAAUUACAUGGAUGUUUCCACUCUUCACUUCACUCUUCGUUAAUUCUGUUCUUGGUCGAUUUCGUACAAUCUUAUUCUCAUGUAUUAUCUACAUCAUGGGAUUUGGAUUCUUAACACUAUCAGUCGUGCAUCCUUACUUGAAGGGAAGUGACUGCCUUAACAGCACUGGCAACAAAACCUUCUGCAAUUCUCCUCUUCUUUCCAAUUUCUUUUUACCUACAUAUCUUUGUAUCUGGCCUCCAUCUAUGCUGUUUUGCAUUGACUAUUGUAAAUGAAGAAAAUUAUGUAUUAACAAAAUAUUGUUUGUGAAGCUA